UCCAUAACACCAGACCGGGAGGGGUUCUGCUCCCCAACCGGCGCCACCGAAACCCCUUGACGGCCGGACCACCGCUGCCGCUGCCGCCCGUCGCCGCGCCCCUCCUCGGCGUCCUCCGGAGGACGCCAUAGUAUUGCGGCAUCCCCUCCACACCCGCUUCCAUCAAGCGGUGUUCACCAGCAGGGGGGAGGGGGGCUCGAUUCGGCUGCUGGGAGCGGAGGUAGGAGCGGCCAAGAUGUCGGAUUUCCAGACCUCCACGCACCGGGAGCGGUGGAUCUUCCAGCCGCAGGACCUGGUGAAUAAAUGGACGACGGCGAACCGGCGUUCAGCGGAGAUCCUCGCCCAGUAUGGGACGACGAGAUUGAAGGUGGACCCUGUUGAUGGCUCAAUAUCGAACCCUGAACCUCUGCCCGAUCAUGUUGUUGGGAGCUCGAGCGUGAAGCCUCUAUCCUGCGAAGAGGAGCAAGUGAUGCGGAUAUUUUACGAGCAAAAGAUUCAAGAAGUGUGCAGAGCAUUCAAAUUCCCCCACAAAAUUCAGGCUACAGCGAUAAUAUAUUUCAAGAGAUUCUAUCUACAGUGGUCUGUAAUGGAGCACCACCCAAAGCAUAUUAUGUUAACCUGUGUAUAUGCUUCUUGCAAAGUGGAAGAAAAUCACGUUUCUGCUGAGGAACUUGGCAAAGGGAUUCAGCAGGACCACCAGAUUAUUCUAAAUAAUGAGAUGAUUGUUCUGAAAUCUUUAGAUUUUGAUUUGAUCGUUUAUGCUCCAUAUCGUUCUAUCGAAGGAUUUAUUGAUGACAUGGAUGAUUUUUGUAGGGCAGGUAAUGGUGCACAUCAACGGUUGAAGGAUUUGCAUCAAACUGCGAAUUCUGAGGUUGACACAAUGAUGUUGACUGAUGCACCUCUUCUCUAUACUCCUGGACAGUUGGCUUUGGCUGCUCUGUACAAGUCCAACAGUGCACUCAGUGUCCUCGAUUUUGAAAGAUACUUGGAAAGUGUUUUUUCAAGGCAACACUUUGAUUGUCCAGUCGAACAAUUUAUUCAGAUAAUCAGUUCAAUCAAUCACCUGGUUAGCCAGCUUCAACUACCUGGCACGAAAGAAAUGAGGCAUGCUGAUCGCAAGCUGAAGCAUUGUUUGGAUCCAAGCUCAAGCUCUCAUGAUGACCACAAGAAGAAAGAGAAGAAGUCAAAGCACAAAUCGAAAAGGACUGCCAGUGAUGCCCAGCUCAACAGCUAGAAAUCGUGCGGUUAGGCAGCCAUGCCGUGUAGGAACUAGCUCUGGAAAGUGUGGUGGCUCUCCGGUUGAUGAGGUUUCGAUUCCAACUUUCUCCAGCCAUCAGAUUGGUGAUGCUCAGCUGAUCUCCUCACCAGCCCAAGUCUUGGCCAAGGACAGGCAGUUUUCAGAUGAGGCGUCCUUUAGGCCCUUGCACGUCCUGCGCCAGCGAGUGCUGUGCAUUUUGUAACUCAAUAAUAAUUUUAUUAGAGCGGCUUAAAUCUUGGGCGCGAGGGGAGAGAAACUUCGAGAUGUAAACCAUUGGAUGCUAUUUUGUUGUAACUUUAUUUUAUUAGAGUGACAUAGGAUAACUCCAACA